AAGUCCAACAACAACUUCAGCUGAAAACUUGGAAGGCGCAGGUCUGUUUCCGAGGGUCACAGAACAGUCCGUCUUUUGUGCGCUCUGAUUGAAAUUCAGGAAAACAAGCCCCUUUAUGUUCGCGUAACCACGUGACCUCCACGGAAGUUUUUUUGGGGGGAUUUUAUGUGUGGUUCGCGAGGCGGCGGCCGUGAGAAAGUCCAAUCGGUGGUCGGCAGGGAGCGAGACCAUUAAUAAACCAUCCGAACAACACCAACCGGAAAACACGCGCAGCGCAGCAAGCGAGAAAUUGCCGUGGAAGAGAAGCUAAUCCUUUGGACACGGUCAUCACCAUACUCACACUCCUGUUCCCUCUACCUCACACACACACACACAGAUGAUGUUGACCUCUGUCUGAACUUUGACCUGACCAGUGACCUGAGCGGAGAUGUCGUUGUGGUCGUCGGCGCUGCCGGUGUCUGAUUGGCUGGCAGCGUUGCGACUGGAACAGUACAGCGCUGUGUUUCAGGACAGUGGCCUGGUUGCCGUGGGCGACUGUGUGCACCUGAGCAACGAGCAGCUGGAGCAGAUGGGUGUGUCCCUGCCGGGCCACCGUAAGCGUAUCCUUGGCAACCUGCCGUGUGGAAGAGACGGGGGAGGAGGAAGAGGAGGAGAGGCAGAGGAAGAGGAGCAGGGCACUAUGCCCAUCCCCAAGAGCAGGACCAAGUUCUGCCACACACCCGCACACACACCCGCACACACACCCGCACAAACCCUCCAGGCUCCGUCUGAGGCUCCGCCCAUCCCGCCCCGGUUGACCUAUAGCCAGCCUCCGCAGUGCUUUAGCAUGGCAACAGUAACCACAGCAACGGCUCUGGAGAAGCCCACUCCCUCUCCAAGGCCACGCCUCCCCAAGUCCCCUAAGAAGGACGCACCGACGCCCAAUCAGCAUCAGCCGUCUGCUGCUCCGCCCUCUCUACCUCUGUCUCUCUCUCCUUUUCCCCCUCCUUCUCUCUCUCCUCUCCCUCCCUCUCUCUCUCCUCUCUCUCCUUCUCUCCCUCCCUCUCUCUCUCCUCUCUCUCUUUCUCUCUCUCUUUCUCUCCCUCCCUCUCUCCCUCCCUCUCCCUCUCUCUUUUCCUCCUCUCCUUCUCUCCCUUGUCCUCCCCGGCCUCAGAUCUACACCUGUAUGAGCAGUGUUCUCUGGGGCAGUUGCCCCCUGCCCCCCAAGUCUUACCCCGUGGGUGCUGCCCUGGCUGGCUCUCUGGCGCCCCCUGUCCCCCGCCGACCACCUGCACCUCCACUACGCCCCCCCAGGACUCCGCCCGGCAACAGCAGCGCUCCGGUCCAUGACCCCAUAGAACCCCCCAGUGGACCAGGCAUUCCACCACGGAACCGACUGCCCACCACUGCUCCAAAACGCAGGGUUCCGCCGCCACCUGCCAACAGCAGAUCUCUCUCCACAGACAGCUCUGAUGACUAUGAGGAACCUGACCUCACAAACAGCCAGGAGCCCCUAGAUAUGGCUGACAAGGAUGGCUUCCUGUCGGUUCCGCAGCCGAAGAUUCGCUACAGCUGCCUGUACAGUGAUGAUGAGCUUCUGGAUGAUGAUGACGACCCAUCCACACCAACCCGGUCUGUGUGCGUUCGUAGGUCGUGGCAAGACUACGGGCUGAGCACUCUCCCGAGUAGUGGUAGCGUCUACCUUCCUCCCUCUGGUCGCCUAGCAACCACACCCCCUGUGGAUGACCCCGCCUCCAGCCUCUCAACUGUCAUCAAGAUGGGCUGGCUGGACAAGAACCCGCCCCAGGGGGCGCGGAUCUUCCAGAAACGCUGGGUGAAGCUUGACUCUGAGUACCUACGUUACUUUGACAAUGACAAGGAGGUGUACUCUAAGAGGAUCAUUCCUACCUGUUGUAUCACUGAGGUGAUGUGUGUGGGAGACCAGAAGUUUGAGGUGGUCACUCACAACCGCACGUUUCUCUUCAGAGCCGACAAUGACCUUGAGAGGACAGAGUGGGUGCGAGUGCUGCAGGAAGUGAUGUCGCCGCAGCAGGGUUAUGAGCUGACCUUUAACCCCACCCUGACCCCAGACAUGCAGGGCUACCUAGAGUUGCGUGGCCUCCGCUCCAAACUCUACACCGUGGUGUCUGCCGACAAGGUCUUCCUCUACAAGAACCAAGAGGAUUAUAAAUUGGGUAUUGGCAUCACCAGUAUCGAGAUGAACGUGGGAAACAUUAAGGAUACAGACCGCAGAGCAUUCGACCUCACCACACCCUACAGGAUCUUCAGUUUCGUGGCGGACUCGGAGCAGCUGAAGGAGCGCUGGGUGUGUGUGUUGAGGGAGAGUAUUGCGGUGGCGCUCUCACACUCUGAGGUGGCAGAGAGAAUCUGGGCGGAGCCUUCCAACGCCCUGUGUGCCGAUUGCUCCGCCCCUCACCCUGAGUGGGCCUCCAUCAACCUGUGUGUGUGUGUGUGCAAGCGCUGUGCAGGGGAACACAGGAGUCUUGGGCCAAGCAUCUCUAAGGUGCGCAGUCUAAAGAUGGACCGCAAGGUGUGGACAGAGGAGCUCAUACAGGUGUUUCUGCUGCGCAACGAAGCGGCUGGUCAGUUCUGGGCGCUUAACGCGUCUCCCCGUAAGCAUUCGAGUAGCAGCGAAGAACGCCGCCACUUCAUCACCACCAAGUACCGGCAGGGGAAGUACCGCCGCUACCACCCUCUUUAUGGCAACCAGCAGGAACUGGACAACGCGUUGAGUGUGAAUGUGCAGUCGGAUGAUUUGUUGGAGACGCUGUCACUCAUCUUCUGCGGGGCGGAUGUGAACUGUUGCCGUGGCGACGCCGACUCCCCUCUGCUUCUGGCGGAGACCUGUGGCCGGACCCUGCAGCUGGAGCUGCUCACACACAACCGCAACACAGAGAUCCCGAGGUUAGAGGUCGGAGGUCACAUGGACACGGUGCACUACAUGGCUCCUCCCUCCAUCACGCACAAUGGCUUCCUGUUCAAGACCGGCUCCAUGGCUCGGCCAAUCACAGAGCGCAAGGCCAAAGAGGAGUUCAGCAGGCGUUGGUGUGUGUUGAAUGAUGGUGUGUUCAGCUACUAUGAGAGUGAUAAAGCCGCCACACCCAACGGAGGCCUCAAGAUGAAGGAAAUCGUCUGCCUGGCAGUCAACCCCCCUGAGAAACACGGGUAUGACCACACAUUUUGGGCUGUGUAUUCGGCUGAGCGCCUCUACCUGUUUGGACAAGAUAACAUUGAUGUUGUCCGAGAGUGGGUCAAGUCCAUCGCCAAGGAUGAGGAGGUACCAUCCAGAGGGGGGAGAGAAUUUGCUAAUCUGAUGUGUGUCUGUAUGUUUGGACUUACAGCAAUUCAGCAGGACAAUGAAGUUCUAGUGCUGGUGGAAAGAGGCAGGUCUCUGUACGUGGAGGGGGAGCGUAAGCUGGAUUUCGCCGGCUGGUCUCAGGCCAUCCAGAGAGCUGCGGGCAGCUGUGGAGACUCACUGGGCCAGCAGCAGCUCACCGAGACCGACAUCCCCAUCAUAGUGGAGCGCUGCAUCACCUACAUCACUCAGUGUGGCCUGACCUCUGAGGGGAUCUACCGUAAGAGCGGGGUGAACAGCCGCGUGGCGUCUCUGCUGGAGUCGUUCCGGCAGGACGCCAGGAGUGUGUGGCUCAAGGAGGGCGAGCAGCAGCUGGACGACGUGGCCAACGUGCUCAAGCGCUUCUUCAGAGACCUCAACGAUGGACUGUUCACCACACACACCUCCCAGCACUGGCUCAACACCACAGCUCUCUGUGAUGAUGUCAGUAAGAUCUCUAAGUACCAGCAGCUCUUCAGCGGCCUCCCCAGAGUUAACAAAGCCACACUAUGUGCUCUUGUCAAUCACUUAUACUGUGUCCAGUGUUUUGCGGACAAGAACCAGAUGAAUCUGCAUAACCUGGCCAUUGUGUUUGGACCCACCCUCUUCCAGACAGACGGCAAGGACUACAACGCUGGACGCGUCAUAGAAGACCUCAUCCAGCAUUACAUCUCCAUCUUUAGCGUGGAUGAAUUACAACUAAAGAAACAGCUGGAUGAAAUGACCUUAAUCAUCGAUCUUCGUGAUAAACUGAAACCAGCACCACCUGGAGGGCACUUCAUUUGCACAGUCUAUCUGGAGGAGAAGAAAGAAUCAGCUGAACAGCUUGUCAAGAUCCCUGCUACUAUGAGUGCGUCUGAGUUGGUGUGUGAGAUUCUGGAUCGAAGGAAGAUCUCCGUCAGAGACAAGGACUACUGGUGCUGCUUCCAGAUCAACGAGAAGGAGGAGACUGAGCGCCCCCUGCACUUUCAGGAGCGGGUUCUCCCCAUUGUCCACUCUUUGGGCACAGAGAGCCACCUGCUGGUCAAGAAGCAUUAUAGCAUGGAGGCCAUUCUGGUGUUUCUGGCCAGUAAAGUGGACGUGGCCAAACAUGGUAUGAUGCGUUUUCGAGAGGAGAGAAGUCUUCUUGGUCUCACCACGGGCAGCUUCAACGAGAGAUACUUCAUACUGACGCCUACUUCACUCCGUCUGUACAAGGAAGUUCGGAGUAAUCGUGCCGAGAGGGAAUGGCCAGUGAAGUGUCUGAAGGUAUAUCUGGGCAUCAAGAAGAAGCUCCGUCCACCUACAUGUUGGGGUCUGACUGUGAUAUACGAGAGUGACAAACCUGACAAACAGGAGAGACAACAGUGGUAUCUGUGCUGUGAUACUCAGACUGAGCUGAGAGAGUGGUUCGCCACCUUCCUGAGCAUACAGCAUGAGGGCAGUGUGUGGCCAGCAGAGGGCUGUAAGAUGCGCUCUAGCCGCUCCGUGGUGUCCGAGGCUCGCCUGGGUAACGUUUCUCUCAUCCCUCUCCGUGGCAACGAGAGCGACAUUCGGAACAGUGUGGCCGCAUUCACCGCCGACGCCCUCGCCCUUUUCAAAAACACAUAACAGCCCCCUCCUCAGAGUGACAGGAUGCGGAUCCCAGCACACAUGGAAACACACACACACUCACACACACACACU